AUCAACUAGGGUUUACAUUAUGCCCAAGAAAAUGCAUGGAAUCAGAUGCAUCAUGUUGCUGUUAUGCACACUUGGUCUUCAUGCCGAACCACCCCUCACUGUGACCUACUCUCCUCAGAACACCUGUGUUCUCACAGGCUCCUCAGUGCUCCUUACCUGCCGUUACACACUUCCACAAAAUUACUAUUUUAAAGCAGGAUUUUGGUAUAAAAAUUCAUCGUGUCUACAAGUAUCUGAACCUCGUAUUGAGUAUUACUCCUCCUCUGAGUGUAGAGUGAGGAUAAACAAUCUGAUUCCUAGCGACUCUGGUGUAUAUGACUACAGGAUUACAGCAACCGAUAAGUCUUCCACAACCUUACAAGGCAAGAAUGGAGUUACUCUCAGUGUUUCAGAUGCUCCACGUAAGGACUGUUGGGGAGUGUUCUACUCGUCCACCAGCUUCUGUGUCUUGAGGAGCUCAACGGUGGACAUUACCUGCACAUACGGAUUUCCCACAGACCAGACAGUCACCACAACACUCUGGUACAGAGAAGAUAAGAAGCGUCAGGAGCAUAUAGACCUGCGUCUGGAGGAAGGCUACGAGAGCAGAGUGGAACAUCUCAGUACUGAGGAGCAUAACUGCACUCUGAGAAUUAGAGACGUGAGAGAAAGUGAUUCAGGACAAUAUCGAUUCAGAUACUUGACAAACAAAACAGGAGGGGCCUUCUCUGGUGAUGUGGUGACAAUCUCAGUCACAGAUCUCCAGGUGUCAAUGACUGCUGGUACAGUUAUCGAGGGAAGCAAUGUGACACUGACCUGUAAUACACCCAGCUGCAACCUUAAGGCCAAAUCCACCUUCAUCUGGUACAAGAACACACAGCCUACCAGACACAGAUCCAUCAACAACACCCUCCACCUAAGCCCAGUCAACAGUGAGGAUACAGGCAGCUACUCCUGUGCUGUUAGAGGACAUGAACAACAUCAAUCACCUGAGGCUGCUUUAGAUGUCAGAUAUGCACCACGGAACACCGCUGUGCUUGUGGAUCACUAUGGUGAAAUAGUGUUGGGUGAGUCGGUGAAUCUGACCUGCCGGAGUGAUGCCAAUCCACCGGUACACACCUACACCUGGUACAGGAAGAUGGGAACUCAAAUCUCACUGCUAGGAGGAGGCCAGAGUUACGUUGUCGCUAACAUCAGCUAUGAGUCCAGUGGACUCUACUACUGUGUUGCACAGAAUAGUGUUGGUGAACAGCACUCAGCUGCUGUGUCAGUGCCAAUAGCAGGGCAAGGCUUGGCUAAGUAUGCAGCUAUUGGAAUCCUUAUUGUAGUAGCUCUUUUACUGCUUCUGGGCCUUCUAUGGCUGAGCAAGCAAAACUCCAGCGCUCCUCCCAUAACAGCAAGCACAACGAUUUCGCAACAGCAGGCAGACUCAAGUCUGGUGUACAACAACGUAUUGAUCUCCGACCCCUCAUGCAGCCGGAACACAAAAGCAGACAAUGACGUCCAGUAUGCCAGCAUUAAGUUCAAGGGCUCGGACAAAGCAGAGGUGGGCCCAUACGCCGAUGUUCACCGUCCUCGCACCCAAACAACACAGGAGGACGUUCAGUACGCUUCAGUGAAUUUCUCCAGACCAAAGGACACUUUCCAAGCUGAAGAGGACCCUGUGAUCUACAGUACAGUCAACAAACACCCCAGAACAUAAAUACGAUGAGCAUCAGUUCCUAUCAGUGCUUCCCAUAUGCAAAUGCAUGUCCUGUGUCACUGGGCUCAAGAACCAGUUUCUACCAUUGUUAUGAAGUUGUUCUGUCCAUGCACUUCUUGCUUAUAUAUGAAGGUCUAUUUUUUGUCUAAAUAUAUAUACUGUAUAUAGUUUUCACCUGUUAUGUUCUCUCUGAGUUUGUGCCCUGUCACCCCAUCAACUGUUUAUUUGUUUCCUGUUUUUCAGGAAUAUUAUUCCUCCAUACAACAGAUGUGGCAAAAUAUGGUGAUUAAAAGACAUGAUUAAGAACUUAACAGAGAACUGAAAGCAAAGGUGAAGUGUUUAUUAAUACAGAUUUGACCAAAUUUGUAAACAUUGAGUAAAAUAAACAUUCCUACUUUAUUUGACAAGGAA